ACUGGAAGCACGUUUUUAUACAGCUGGUAGCACGUUUUUAUACCGUAAGGGGCUUAAGACUAGUUUCAAUAAUUCCAACAUCAGGUGCUCCAAAAUCAACCAAAAAUGUCAUCAACUCUCUCCCAAUUGUCAUGUUUUUCUUCGAUCCAGAACCGAUUUCAUCUCGCCAAUCGAUCACGCCCCAAUCUUGUUCGUUUACAGGCGACAUUGCAAAUGUUACCUUUGCAGUUACAAACUGCCAUAUACUGUUCAGGUAGCAAGUCCGCUUUAAAGUAUACGACAAAAGCAUCAAAAUCAGAUAAUGAUUUACUAGAGAAACCCAGUUCAAAUGUAGAAGAAUACGACGCUGGUGUACUGACACAACAUGUUGACAGCGAGCCAAAAAGAGCAGCAAAGAUUCAUGACUUCUGUUUCGGAAUUCCUUAUGGUGGGAUUGUUUUAGGUGGGGGGCUUGUCGGUUUUUUGUUCACAAGGAAUUUCAGUAGUUUGAUGUCUGGUGGACUUUACGGUGGUGCUUUGCUGGCACUUAGCGUUUUCAGUUUGAAGGUCUGGGGACAAGGACAUUCUAGUGUGCCGUUCAUACUUGGGCAAGCAGGAAUUGCGGCUGCUCUCCUUUGGAAGAACAUGCAGACCUACUCAUUAACUAAGAAACUACUACCAACUGGAUUCAAUAUAUUCAUAAGUGGUGCAAUGUUAUGCUUCUAUGCUUAUGUGGUGCUCUCUGGUGGAAACCCACCUCCAAAGAAGCUGAAAUCUGCUGCUGCAGCCCCAUCUUAAGUGGUUAUCAUGAAUCUAAAUAUAGUUGAACAAUGAACAUUUUUUUUUUUUUUUUUUUUUUUUGCCUUUAUGAACUGUUGGAUUAAUGCAGUAAAGAGAUAGAUGUUCAAUCCUUUGUAACUUGUAUGAAUUUCACUUCUUUUCUUUUUUCUA